AUGGCGAGCAGCGAGGCAGCGCGGGAUGCGGGGAGGCAAGGAGGCGGCGGCGCGGCGAGUUGCGAGGAGGUGGCGGCGGGGCUCGUGAUCGCUCACCCCGACGACGAGUCCAUGUGCGCCCCGCCGCCCCGCCGCCCCGCCUCCCCGCCUCCCCGCCGCCCCGCCUCCCCGCCGCCCCGCCUCCCCGCCGCCCCGCCGCCCCGACUCCCCGCCUCCCCGCCUCCCCGCCUCCCCGUCUUCCCGCCUUCCCGCCUUCCCGCCUCCCCGCCUCUCCGGCUCCUCGCCUCCUA